CUGGUGCAGAGGAAAGACCACUGGGAGAGGCCUUCCUGGUCUAGUAAAGAGGUCCAGACGCCACAAGACUUAGAAAUCCUCGGCUUCCGGGGUGCCAGCCCCUGGCAGCUGCCUGCUUUUUGUAUUUGGAGAGCCUAUUUAGAAUAGCAGCGGGGCAAAGGUUGCCCCUGGGUAAGAUUCAAUGCAGCUCCACGUCCACCGAAUUGCAGACACUUGUGCGCAAGUUGGGAAACAGGUGAUUCCCCUAAAAGUCAGGUGGGACGCUGGCUUUGCAGCUCUUACCCAGCUGCAUGUCCGUGCUUUUAAAUGAGGACUUGAUCCUCAGCAUCAGGUUUUUUUUUUAUUUCAAAGGUUUGUUAAACACCUAUGUCUUGUGCUUGCUCACCUGCUUCAGUCAUUUAGCGCAGGGGAUGUUCAGGGUAUUGUAAUGCACCAUGGCUGGCGGGGGACACAGCUGAUUGGUUCCACACGAACCCAUCCGCUGGGUCUCAGAUAGAUCUGAAACCUCUUAAAGAUAACUGGAAAUCAUUGAGUGGGGAGGUGCUCGUUUUAAUCGUCCAUUUACAGGUUUGCUGUUUUAUCGUUUGAGAAUUUCAGAAUGAGAAGUCAUUGCAUUACUACGUUAUGUGACUGCAUUAGGUCACGGAAACUCAUCCAUCUAGAGAUUAUUCAUUGCAGGAAUCCAGGAUUGGUCCAACUACCCUUCGUCAAUUGACACCUGGUGAGAUUCCCCGUGAAACGUAAAAAAUGGACUCCUUGGACCAUAUGCUGACGGACCCCCUGGAACUGGGUCCGUGUGGAGACGGCCAUGGCACACGGAUUAUGGAGGACUGCCUCCUGGGGGACACCAGGGUUAGCCUGCCGGAGGACCUUCUGGAGGAUCCCGAGAUCUUCUUCGAGGUGGUCAGCCUCUCGACGUGGCAGGAGGUGUUGAGUGACUCGCAGCGCGCGCACCUCCAGCAGUUCCUGCCCCGCGUCCCCGAGGACAGCGCCGAGCAGCAGAACCAGCUGCUCCUGGCCCUGUUCAGGGGCGAGAACUUCCGCUUCGGGAACCCUCUGCACAUCGCCCAGCUUCUCCAGCGUGAUGGACACUUCAACCCUGAGGUGGUCAAGUACCGGCAGCUCUGCUUCAAGUCACAGUACAAGCGUUACCUCAACUCCCAGCAGCAGUAUUUCCACCGGCUGCUGAAGCAGAUUCUGGCUUCCCGGAGUGACCUCCUGGAAAUGGCCCGUCGGAGCGGCCCGGCCCUCUCCUUCCGGCAGAAGCGCCCUUCCCCUUCCCGCACCCCCGAGGAGCGGGAGUGGCGCACCCAGCAGCGCUACCUGAAGGUCCUGAGGGAAGUGAAGGAGGAGUGUGGUGACACGGCCCUGUCGUCCGACGAAGAGGCCACGUGGGAUUUACAAGAAACAUUUUCUUUUGAAGAUCUCAGCUCAUGGCUCCCGAGCUCCCCAGCGCGCUCUCCUAGCCCCGCGGUGCCCCUGCGGGUGGUGCCCACGCUUUCCACCACAGACAUGAAAACUGCAGGUGAUGCCAGGGCAGCCACGCCAGAGAGCACAGUAGGAAGUGGAGGCAGUUCGCCUAAGGCAGGUGGCGAGAUGGGGAGACUCCCACAGUGGAAGUCAGAACCGACCGUCUUCCCCACCUGCUCUGUGGUCUUGGGCAAGUCCCUUAACUUCUCUGAGUCCCAUUUUCAGACUGUAAAACAGGAUCACCCGGACCUUUUGACAGGGGACCUGACUCUCAAUGACAUCAUGACUCGUGUCAACGCUGGCAGGAAAGGCUCUCUAGCAGCCCUCUAUGACUUGGCUGUCCUUAAAAAAAAGGUGAAGGAAAAAGAGGAGCGGAAGAAGAAGAAAAUAAAAGUGAUCAAGUCCGAAGCAGAGGACUUGGCCGAGCCCUUAAGCGGGCCUGAAGGGAUCCCGCCGCUCUCACAGGCUCCGUCUCCGCUGGCAGUGCCUGCCAUCAAGGAGGAGCCUCUGGAAGACCUCAAGCCUUGCCUGGGAAUCAAUGAAAUAUCUUCCAGCUUCUUCUCUCUCCUCCUCGAGAUCUUGCUGCUGGAGGGGCAGUCUAGCCUUCCUGUGCUGGAGGAGCGGGUUUUGGAUUGGCAGUCCUCUCCGGCCAGCUCCCUCAAUAGCUGGUUCUCUGCAGCCCCCAACUGGGCGUUGCCGGCCUUGGAGGCCUGAUUCUGUGAAACAGGCAGACCCGUGCCUUCCAGUUUCUCUCCAUUUGUUGAAUUCAAGGAGAAAACCCAGCAGUGGAAAUUGCUUGGCCAGUCCCAAGACAACGAGAAGGAGUUAGCUGCCCUCUUCCAGCUGUGGCUCGAAACCAAAGACCAGGCCCUCUGCAAGCAAGAAAACGAGGACAGCUCAGAUGCUACCACUCCUGUCCCCCGGGUAAGAACUGACUAUGUGGUGCGGCCCAGCACCGGGGAGGAGAAACGGGUGUUCCAGGAGCAGGAGCGUUACCGGUACAGCCAGCCCCACAAGGCGUUCACCUUCCGGAUGCACGGCUUCGAGUCCGUGGUGGGGCCCGUGAAGGGCGUGUUUGACAAGGAGACCUCCCUCAACAAGGCUCGGGAGCACUCCCUGCUGCGCUCCGACCGGCCCGCCUACGUCACCAUCCUCUCUCUCGUUCGAGAUGCCGCAGCUCGGCUGCCUAACGGCGAGGGCACGCGGGCAGAGAUCUGUGAGCUGCUCAAGGACUCCCAGUUUCUUGCACCAGAUGUCACCAGCACUCAGGUGAACACAGUGGUGAGCGGGGCCCUGGACCGGCUGCACUAUGAGAAGGACCCAUGUGUGAAGUACGACAUCGGCCGCAAGCUGUGGAUCUACCUGCACCGCGACAGGAGCGAGGAAGAGUUCGAGCGGAUUCACCAGGCGCAGGCAGCGGCCGCGAAAGCCAGAAAAGCCCUUCAGCAGAAGCCCAAGCCCUCCUCCAAGGUGAAGUCCAGCAGCAAGGAGAGUUCCCUGAAGGCCCUCAGCGGCCCUUCGGAGCAGAGCCAGAUGAGCCUCAGUGACUCCAGCAUGCCGCCCACCCCCGUCACCCCUGUGACGCCCACCACGCCAGCCUUGCCCGCCACGCCCAUCUCCCCGCCGCCCGUGCCAGCAGUCAGCAAGAGCGGCCCGACCACCGCCCCAGAACCCGCGAAAUCCAGCUCCGGUGUUCUUCUGGUCUCCUCUCCAAAAAUGCCACAGCUGGGAACCAUGCUCUCCCCAGCCGCCAGCCAGACGCCGCCGACUUCCCAGGCCGCUGCCGCGUCGGGCCUUCCUGCUGUUACCCAGCCGUCAGCGGGGCCAGCACAGACACUGCCACCGAUUCCAGCAGGGCCCCAGAUCCGCGUGCCAGCCACCGCGACGCAGACCAAAGUCAUGCCGCAGACAGUCAUGGCCACCGUCCCAGUCAAAGCUCAGACUGCAACGGCCACUGUGCAGCGGCCGGGAGCCGGGCAGACGGGCCUCACAGUGACAAGUCUCCCUGCCACCACCAGCCCUGUGAGCAAGCCAGCCACCAGCUCCCCCGGGAGCUCUGCCCCGAGCGCAUCCACAGCCGCCGUCAUCCAGAAUGUGAGCGGGCAGAACAUCAUCAAGCAGGUGGCGAUCACGGGGCAGCUUGGUGUGAAGCCCCAGACAGGCAACAGCAUCCCACUGACCGCCACUAACUUCCGCAUCCAGGGCAAGGAUGUGUUGCGCCUGCCACCCUCCUCCAUCACCACAGAUGCCAAAGGCCAGACGGUUCUGCGGAUCACACCGGACAUGAUGGCCACGUUGGCCAAGUCCCAGGUGACCACAGUCAAACUGACCCAGGACCUCUUCGGGACAGGAGGCGGCACAGCAGGCAAAGGCAUCUCCGCUACCCUACACGUCACUUCCAACCCCGUCCACGCCACGGACAGCCCUGCCAAGGCCAGUUCCGCCAGUGCCCCCGCGUCCACUCCAACUGGCACCACCGUGGUCAAAGUGACGCCCGACCUCAAGCCGGCGGAAGGCUCGGGGUCAGCUUUUCGCCUGAUGCCCGCCCUCGGUGUGAGUGUGGCCGAGCAGAAGGGGAAAAGCACCGUGGCGUCGUCAGAAGCGAAGCCGGCUGCCACCAUCCGCAUCGUGCAGGGCCUGGGUGUGAUGCCUCCCAAGGCCGGCCAGACCAUCACCGUGGCAGCCCACGCCAAGCCGGGGUCCUCGGUGGCCAGCGGGUCCGGGACUGUUCACACGUCAGCGGUGUCCCUGCCCAGCAUGAACGCUGCCGUGUCCAAGACGGUGGCCGUGGCCUCGGGGGCCGCCAGCACCCCCAUCAGCAUCGCCACGGGAGCCCCCACGGUGCGACAGGUGCCCGUCAGCACCACGGUGGUUUCCACGUCCCAGGCUGGGAAGCUGCCGACGCGGAUCACAGUCCCGCUCUCUGUGAUCAGCCAGCCUAUGAAGGGCAAGAGUGUGGUCACAGCCCCCAUCAUCAAAGGCAACCUGGGAGCCAACCUCAGUGGGUUGGGCCGCAACAUCAUCCUCACCACCAUGCCAGCGGGCACCAAGCUCAUAGCUGGCAACAAGCCCGUGAGCUUCCUCACUGCCCAGCAGCUGCAGCAGCUCCAGCAGCAGGGCCAGGCCACACAGGUGCGCAUCCAGACUGUCCCCGCGUCCCAUCUCCAACAGGGAACAGCCUCGAAUUCCUCCAAAGCGGUCUCCACUGUGGUUGUGACCACAGCUCCGUCUCCUAAGCAGGCACCCGAACAGCAGUGACUCUGAGAGAAGCUUCCAUCAGAGCCCAGGCCUGCUCCGCCCUGCAGGCCGCAAGGAAGGGAGCAGGGAGGCCCCUCCUUCCUCUGAGGCCAGUGGCGGGCUGGCAGCCACAGGGCUGCCAUCUGCUGCCACACCCCACGAGGAGGACACUGAGGAAGGCUCGCUCCAGGUCUGUUCCGUACCGACCCAGGGAGGCUUCUCUCAGAGCCGUGUGAGGUCAGUGUGUCACACAAGCCAGGCUCCCCGAGAGCGGGCUUACGGGGGGAGCGCGGACAGCGACUACGCCGCAUUCUGUACGCGGCUCGUACCUUUCAGCUUGUGGUCUUCUCCGUGACGAGUGGUCUGGAGAGGAGCUUUGUCUCCGGAAAUUCUUAUGUAACUUAUUUUUUUUAAAGAGCCUAUUGUACGUCUUUGUCAAAUAGAAACUUGGGCAUUAGCCCCCUAAACGGAUUCAUUCUUUUGACCAGAAUGUGAGAAUGGCAGGAUUCUAAUAAGUUGGUGGCUGACUGGAUAACUCCGUGGAGAGGCUCUGAGAUGGGAAAGAAACACAAGAAGUGAGAGUGUGUGGGUUCCCUGAAAUGGGACUAGUUGGGCACUACCUCUUAAAGAGGGGGGUGUCAGGAUCCUGGCUGUGGCCUGUUCUUUUGCUGCUGGCUGUCCUCACCAAGCCUGCUCACACGCCCGGGCUGGUGGGCACGGCGGGUGGAUGCCAGCAGGGACGCUGCUCUUGCAGCACAGACUGCAUUUCAGUUCAGAGACUCUACAUUCUGUUUUGCUCCAGAACAAGAGUCAGUGAGCCACCGCCCUUAGGUUGGCUUCCCGUUUUUGUAAAUAAAGUUUUAUUGGAACACAG